AUGAUAUUUUUGCAGGAUACUGAAGAAAUGAAAAAAGAAGGUAUAGGCAAUAGCUUGUCCGAUGUGAAUGGAGAGGGAACCAGUAAAGGAAGCGCAGGCAGCAAAGGCAGUAAAGGUAGCAGAGAAAGCGCAGCUAGCAAAGCCAGUAAAGGCAGCAAAGAAAGCGCGGCUAGCAAAACCAGCAAGAUUAGCAAAAACAGCAAAACCAGCAGAACCAGUAGAAACGGAAAAGAAAAUGAACUAAAAAAUGGUAGUGUGACCAGUGCUAUCAAACCAAAUGGAAAUGGAUCGGCUCGUGGUUCGAGAUCGCCUAUCAAUCCAACAGCAACAAAUGGUUUGAGUGCAUCUAAGACUUCAAGAUCACCACGUGGAAGUAAACCUAAUUCACCAACUGCUUCUAGAAGAUCUAGUGUUAAAAGCGAACUUGAUACAGUACCAGAAAACGUAGACAGACAAGCUGGCGGUGGCCAUCCAUCUAAAAUGCGCAUAGAUGACGAUAAUUCAUCUAUAUCUACCUUCAUUUUCUCCAAAUUCGACUCAUAA